AUGUCAAUUGAAGUCCUAGGUCGAGAGCCUUCCCAACAAUUGUACCAGGACCUCGCGGACUGCAGAGCUACCCUGGGUCCAAGUGAGCGCCAGCUCAUCUCCUUUGCACGUGCGCUUCUUCAGAAAAACAAAUUCAUUGUAAUAGACAAGGCGUCGUCCACCGUAGAGUACAGAACGGAUCGCCUCAUUCAGGAAGUUGUUCGAAACUGUCUCCUUGACAGCACUGUCAUUACCAUUCCUCAUCGUCUGAGCACGAUUAUUGAUUACGAUUGUGUGAUGAUGCUUGACUGCGGAAAAAUCAUGGAGCUGGACAAACCGAAAGUGUUAUUGAAGAAGGAUGCAGACUACUUCGCGCAUUUGUAUGGAAAUCAAUGCCCAUCGUAA